AUGGGAAACCUCAUCACAGAAGGGACACACAAGAGCCUCUUCUUUUUCUUUUAUAUAAAAGACGACAAAACAAAACCAUACGAAAAAAAACAAAACACAGAGGAUACACGUAAACGUGAUCAGAGAGUGGUCAAAACUCAAAAGGGAGACAAGAUAAAUUCGAUCGAUCGAGGAUCAAAUUAUUCGAUCAAUCAGAUGGAGGAGAUUGGUUUUUCGGGAGAUUCGUCGUCAGAGAUUGCGAUUUCGGAGACGGAGAUGGAGGCGGCGAAGCAGCUCGUGCAGUUGAGCGAAGAUGAUUCGUUGAGCUGUAGCAGCGGCACUGGCUGGAGCGUUUCCGGUCACGACGCUUGUGAAGGGAAAGCCGAAGGCGGUCAUAAUACCAAGAGACAAGAUGAAGUUGUUGUUAGUUCCAAGGUUAGAGAUCAUUUUGUCGGAAAUGAGCUAAACGACGGCGUACGAGGUAACAAGAGUUUUAUGAAGACGAUCAUGGAGACGAAGACCAGGAUUAAUAAGAAGCAGAAGUAUCGGUCUAUCGCGAGCAUCUACAGAGCGACGAAGGAGAUGACGAGAGAGGCUAGCUAGCUUGUUGAUUAGUCGAAGGGAUGGGAAUGAUGGCUAAUUACGUUUUAAUGACGUUGGUUAAAAGCGUGUUUUGAUUACUAUAAUGUCAUCGUUUUCUAUGGGGUUUUGUAUGUAAGUAUCUGUUAACGUUGAACCGGGAGAAGGUGCUAGAAGAAGAAUUGUGAAGCUUUGCAAUAAUAUUUUUUAGCAGAAACUUGUUUGACAAAAUGUUAAUUUAAUCAUUUAUGGACUAGUUUAAAAUU